AAGCCAAACACACUCAGUCACAUUAGCACCAGCCGGAUGACAUCAACCCCACCGCUCCUGUGUGUCGCAGAGGCUGCUGUGCCUGAACUGGUGGGACCACCAGCAAAGCGACCAGGAGCAGGAGUUUGGUUUGCUCUGAAGUGGCUGGAGGCUUCUUGGUGGGCUGCAGGCUGGGCGUGAGAACUCCCUGCGACUUCAUUCAUUGCAGAAGCUUGCACAGGGGCCUCCCCGCUUUGUCAGCCUUGCGCAGCUCCAGAAUGGACGAGCUGCAAGAGCCUCUGGCCAUGACUGUCCACCUCCUGGCCAACUCUGGGCAUGGCUCGCUCCUGCAGCAAACUCUUGACCAGCUCCUGGACUGCAUUUGCCCGGGUGUGCGACUCUUUCUGGUAUCAGAGCGGGUUAGUCCAGUGAAAUACUACGACAAGUGCCACCCGAAGAGGUCCCGGUUCCCGGGGAUGUCUGUGCUGCUCUUCCUGCACGAAAGCCUGGGAGAGCAGCGGCUGUUCCGCGUUCUGGACUCCCUACAGCAUUGGCCAUGGCAGUGCUGCCCCGCCCCGAGUGCUCAGGGAAGCCCGUGCCCCUACAUCCUUGCCAACCAGGAGUUCUACAGUCUGGACAACCAGAUGCCCGUCUGGGGUGUGAGGCAGGUGCACUGUGGCUCCGAGAUGCUCAGAGUGACGCUCUACUGCAGCUUCGAUAACUACGAGGACGCCAUCCGCCUCUACGAGAUGAUCCUGCAGAGAGAAGCCACCCUGCAGAAAAGUGACUUCUGUUUCUUCGUGCUCUAUGCCACCGAGAGCUUCGCCCUUCAGCUUUCCCUGAAGCAGCUGCCCCUCGGGACGUCCGUGGACCCGAAAGAGUCUUCGGUGCUGCAGUUCAAGGUUCAAGAGAUCGGCCAGUUGGUGCCUCUCCUGCCCCACCCGUGCGUCCCCAUCAGCCGCACCCGGUGGCAAACGCAGGACUACGACGGCAACAAGAUUCUGCUUCAGGUCCAAUUGAAUCCAGGACUCGGCGUUAGGAAUGGCGAGCUUUCCUUUCUGAAUGGCACCUCGGGAGCUGACGCGCUCCCCCAGGGCGCCAGGCUGAUCCCAGUCUCCACAAGGCGGACCCUAGAGCUGAGGAAGCGAAGGAGCAGGGGCCGGAGGGUCAAGGUGGGUUCUCUGGAAUUCCCUGAGCCCAGUGGGAGCCCAGCGUCCGACGGUUCCCAUGGCACCUCGUGGAAAAGCCCUGGCUGCUCAUCGCAGGCCAGCAGCCCAGCCUCGGGUGCCCAGCUUCCUCUGCCUUCUCCCCUCCUCAAACCUGGGGCCAGAACGAAGGGCCUCAGCCAGGAAAACAGCUUUGAGAAGCUGGAGGCAGAGACAAAUGUUGACACAGGGUGCACUGUGGUAAACUCUGAACCCAGGCAAUCUUUUCUGAGCGGAUUUCCAAGGGGUCUGCAGACCAGCCAGCCACUAUCCUGCUCUCCAUCCUCCUCCUUAGGGACAACUGCCUCCAAAAACAGCAGGAGCUUGAAGGAAAGGGUCCAUCCUUUGUCGCUAGCUGGCCAAAGGGAAAUCAGUGCACGGAAGAUCAUUUCAAAAUGUCCCCUUCAUCUUCCAGUUCAGGAUGAAGAAAAAGAAGAAUUCUUUAUAUAGCAUAAAACCAACGUGGUUUUCUCAAACACAAGAUCAGACACAGUGUUCUAGAAAUGAAACACAUUUUAGCCAGCACAGAUCUGUAUUGCUUUUCUUUCAAAUGUUCAAAGUCUGACAGUGUUAUAGUGGUUAUUCACUUGUCGUCAUGGUCAUAAGGGAACACAGCCAACACACAGGGGAAAAGUUCCCCACCUCGUGUCCUUGGAGACACACUAACCCAGCUGGGCGUGUUGAGUUCAGCACCUACCAGGAUAACUGCAUUGUAUGCAAAUGAGUUGGAUGUGCUAUGCAGUCAAUGUUGAUUAGUGUAUGUAAUUUGGUUUUACUUUUUACUAGGGUUGCAUAGCUCAUGCCCCUGGACAGCAUGGACUGGUUAUUCUUUAGUGGUUUUUAUUUUUUAUGUGACCUCCUUUGGUAACUAGGCCUGUUCACUACAUACCCCCUAGUGAUUUUGCCUUUAAAGUUGUUUGCAUCUGGAAUGAGUUAAUAUGCAAAGUGUUUUGAAAAUUAGAAAUAAUUUUUUUUUCCUGUUUAAUAAGCAGAAACAUUGGAAGCCAAAAAUUCAGGUUAAAAAGGAAAGCUAGGCUCUAGGGUUUUUCUGCUCCUCCAUUUCUCACUUGCUUCUGCACUACUCCCCUGGGCCCUGUGGUUCAUGUCAUCCAUCAGAGAGGAACGUGACAUGAUUAGAUGAUGCGAGAUCUUCACUGAACAUGGCAGGAAAACUGGACUGGCUGGGUCACUGGAGCAAGACUCAGGGUCUUCUGGCCGUGUUCAAAUUCCUCAAUUUUUUUUGCAAUACUCAUCCAUUCAUUCAUCGAUACAUUCAUUCAUUCAACAAAUAUUUGUUGAGCACAAGUUUGAAUAAGACAGUGAUAUAUGGUACCCGUAUAUGUUCUGUGCCCAUCAAAUCUAAAGUGUUUAUGGCUUUACCAGUAUGGUAAGUCCAUUCUAUCAACCCUGAAGGAUGUGUUGAAGUCCAGACUUAUCCUUGUAGGAACCCACAGUUGAGUCCCACACUUGCUGGAUGUCAUCAGCACUCACAACCUGCAGGAGACUGGGCAUCCUCCGUGUUGCAAUUAUAAUUGUAACGGACAAAUUCUCAAUUGACCAUUUUUCUGGUUGGGUCUCUACACACGUUUAAGAAAGUCUGAGGUCUGCGUGUUUCAGUUAGUUGACAAGGUUACUUGACUCUAUGAACUUCCUUCUCUAGGACAGAUGUUACGCAAGACUACAAAUGCUGAUUUAGCUGGACCCUCUGGAGACCUGGUUACUUAGUAACCCCCAAAUGGGGAGAAGGGCAAAUCUUAUGGCACUGAGACUACACUGAAUUUGGGGUGCUUUGCUCAGCUUACAAUAGAAAUGGAUCAGAGUUGCAAAUGGACAAUUACGAGACUUCCAAAUUGAUUUUUUGUUGUUGUUUUUGGUCUUUACGCCAUCAACAUAUUCUCAUUCUCAUUUUCUUUCUCUCCCUCAGAUUAAAGGUAGAUCUUAGAAAGUGAAAUGAAGAACUUAGUUUUGGUAUGGUUUUCUAUAACAACAUUUUUAAAAAAAUGAAAGUCUUUUUUAAGUUGAAUUAUUGAGCUGCCUUGUACAUUCUGACAUUUUUUUCCCCACCUUUUAUGAAGUUAUCUAAAUUUCUUUAACAUAAUACAUGGGUAAGAAUAUAAGUACAUGGAAAUCAUGAAGAAUAUUGAGAAAUGUGAAUGAAUACCUUGCAAAAUUGACUUAUAAAAUAAUACACUCUUAAAAUAUCACCUACUCUAGCCUUUUACUCAACAUUGGAAUUCCGUUUACAACAUGAUAGGAUGCAACUGCCUCUGGGUAAGGUAGAAGAAGCCCAGAUUUUGGUUUCAGGCUUUAAAAUUUACUAUUUAUGUGACUUUGAACUGUCAGCCUCUUUGAUCCUCUGUUGCCUUAUCUCCUGUAAUAAAAGAUUGUUGAAAGAAUCAAGAUUAUGCAUAUGAAAGCAUUUGGAUAUUGCUAAGCAUUAUAAAUAUACAAAAUGGUAUUACUACAUGGCCCUUCAGACCCACAUUUUAAAAAUGUCAUGGCAACACAGAAUUUUUUUGAAACAAGUUUUGACAAAAUCAUUGAUACAAUAAAAAAUACAGCGAUCUAAUGAU